AACAAUUUAAUUGAAUAAAUAUCGAUAUUUACAAAUACCAUCUCUACGUGGGAGUCAGCUGUCAGCAGAGGAAAAAUUUCUGGAAUAACAAAACAGGCAAAAUUACCCGUUUCCGUAUUCGUACCCGGAAAAAAAAGUGGAACAACCGAUCGAAACCAUGAACUGGCACAGGGGCAGCAUAGCGGAGGCCGUAGCCGAAUCGAAGGCCAAGGACGCCGUCUUCGUCGUCUUUAUUGAGGGCAAGGAUGAGCUGUCCAGCAAGCUGGAACGAUUCGUGGACGACUCGCGGGUGCGAACCCGCCUCGAGACCGCCGACUUUGUAUCCAUCAAAGUCCAGGGAAACAGCUCAGCCUACGGACAGUUCAUGUCGCUAUACAAAGUUGUGCCCGUUCCCUCGCUCUUCUUUAUCGGCAAGACGGGCACUCCUUUGGAAAUAGCCACCGGAAUCACGGAUAGUGUGGAAGAGCUAAUAGCCAAGAUCGACCGGGUUUUGGUUCUGGCAGGGAAGCGAACGGAAACGCUGUCAGUAACCAGUUCAGUCACCUCCUUUUCGGAGCAAAUGAAUCCCACUGCAGUCAGAAGCUUUGCCGGAGCCGAUGACUCAAGCAGUUUAAGCAAGGACGAGGCACCCGAGGCCCCCGUGACACUCGAGACCGCAGAGACUCCUGAGACACCCGAGGAACCGCAACCAAGUCAAACUGUUUCAGUGACUCCCAGGCCCGUCGAAGUGGUCGCCUCCGUUUCGGAUUCGACUCUACAAGUAGAGCAGUCUAAGGCGAAUCAGGCAUCUGCUCCAGCUGUAGCCAGUAUUUCAGCGAUAUCCGCUGAAUCAUCAACGUCCAGGUUGGUGGAAGCCAAGCAGCCCACAGCUUCUCCAACGGAUUCGGUGGCUGAAAAACAAGAAACAGACACGGCAUCGGUAGUGGUAGUUGCACCGACACCAAGUAGAGCGGAGACUGCGACCACAUCCGGAACCGCUGCCGUAAAUUUGGCGCCUCGUCGAUUCUACCAACAGUACCUUUGCUUACGGCAGCUGUACCAGUUGCUGCGCCAGGUACAGGGACCCGCGCAGGAACAAGUACCGGCACAAGAACAGAUAUCUACAACAGAUUCCGAAACGCGGAUGUUGGAGGUACAGAUAUUGGAGCAGAAGCGCCGAGAGCGACUGGAGGAGGAGAGACAACGAAAGGAAAACGAGCUCAGGCGGCGAAGGGAGGGUAGGCUGGCGCAAAGCCAGCAGGCACUGGCCAAGGAGCAGGAGCUAAAGAAUAUGCAGGAACGCAUUCGUCGCGAGAGGCUGGAGGAGCAGGCGGCCAGGGAACGUAUCCGCGCACUCGCCGCCGAUCGGGCGGAGCAAGCGCAACGCAACCAAAUUAACGCGGAGGCGACAAGCACAACCACCUCGCUGGCUUGCGAAUCCUCGUUUAGUUCUGUUGACGAAACGCGUCUGCAGAUCCGCUUACCCGGUGGCAUCAAUCACACCAAAUCCUUUCCAGUUGGCGAGGUGCGCACCGUGCGCAUCUAUGUGCGAAAUGAACUGUUGGCCGCUAGUGAUGUGCGGGAUUUCACUUUGGCUACGAGCUACCCACGCCGGGAGUUCGCAACGGAGGACGAGGAGAAGACGCUGAGGGAACUGAAACUGGUGCCCAAUGCCGUGGUUCUGGUGCUGGCUAAGGAGCAUGUGAAUCGAGUGGUACGCAGCGGCAGCUCCCUUAUGACCAUGCUGGUUACGGCCAUUUGGGCAAUGCUCACACCGGCAGCCAAGGCCUUUGACUACAUCAACAAGAUGGGCUUGCGCCCCCUCACUCAGAGGUUAACCGCGUUUGUGGCCAAUAUCCGGGGAACAACAGACCGAGAGGGUUUAAUUUAUUCUGCUUUCAGUGCCGCCCGUCGCAACAUGAACCUCUUCAACAUGCGACCACCACCUCAUCCUGGUUACAACUACGAAGAUCAAGGGAACAGGGCUUCUGGAUCCCAGACAACACCUCCCACUCCCCAGCCACAGCCGGGUACUGGAAGUACCCCACAACCCCAUCCCACUAGCAGCAGCCAGGCUGCAUCGCAGGAGUUUCAACAGCGCCCAGGCGGAUAUCAGCCACCGCGGUAUGGUGACUCAAACAUUCGACGGCUGCAGGAUACAAACAAUGACGAUGAGAAGGAUAAGGCCACGUACAAUGGCAACUCCACGCAGCAGCAGUAGGGUGACUCCUUAUCUCCAAUACCCCCCUAGAUAUCAAACCUAUGUAAUAGCCUGUUAUGCUAAAUUAUAAAUUAAAACCAUUCAAGAAUAUAUUCCAAUAUAUCAA